GCCACCUUCUUCCUUCCCUGCCUCUUCUUCUUCACGGCAGCAACAGCCAGCAGGGAGCUUCCUCCCCUCCCAUGGCCGCCCAGCUUCCCUCCGGUGUCGGCUGUCCAGCAGAUGUCGAGCGCCUCCCUCUGCCCCCUGUGCUUGGCGCUCCCCCCCUCGGCUCCUUCCUGCAUGGACGAGCUCCAUCUCUGCAGCAGCCGAGCACCUCCACAACCAUGGCGUCCCCUGCCCUUCUCCUCCCAUGGAAGCGAGCCCCACUUCCCCUGCAGGCGAGCAGCAACUUCGGCCAACAGAGGACAGCGACUCCCCUCUCCCAGCUCAGCCUCGCCAUCACGCAGGGAAUGGAUGGCGCCCAGAAAAUCCACGCAGCCGGCCCCCUUCCUCCCUGCGCCUAGCUCUCCUUUCUACUACGCAGCAUCUCCCUCCCCCAAGCCCCUGCGCGCGCACAGCAGCGGAUCCCCAGCGCCCUCCCUGUUCAUCUUCCUCGCAGUCAGCCUCCCUCCCCGGCUGCUGCUCGUCCCCUCCAUCCUUUUUCCCCUAGUGCGGCAGCGAGGAGCCCCUACUCGGUCAGCUGCCAUGGCGUCCAAGUUUUCUGCGCAGCAAUGCCGGUUCAAAAAAAACAGCAGCCAUGAGAUCCCGUCCGUAUCGCUUGCAUUGACCCGAUUUGCGCAGCGCCUGCGCGCCGUCGUCGAAACCCGUGCUAGCCGUCAAUGCCAGUCGUCGCGCACGCGUGUUCGAUACAAGACCGGUCGGGUGCACCACGUGCUUGCACAACUCAAAUCCAAUCCCGUUCAGGUUGAUUGA